AUGACUCAACAACGCAAUGCACACGCGUCAGGUAGUCGCGCCCGUCGCGGGGCUGUUGACGAUGACCAGCGCCCUCAAGCCGGACCUUCAACCCGUGCUUCCUCCUCUGCCGCCGCCGCCGCCCGCCGCGUAGUCAACACCAACGGCGGUGCAGACACUGGCAGCGAUGACGACAUCCAGUUCCUCGACGAGGCUCCAACAUACAUGCGCAAUAGGACCACCUACAAGGCGCCCAUCGUGGUCGAUUCUGACAGUGACGACGACAACACCGAUAAUCCUUUCCUCGUCGGCAAGCGUAAGCGCGCACAGGAAGACGACGGCGACGAGUAUGACGAAUACGACGACGACAGCAUCAUCCUCAUUGGUAGUGACAUUGUGGACCUGCCCCCAUCACCCAGGACUCGCCUCCGCCUUGCCAACAAGAAUGCACACGCCGGUCCAUCCGUGCGACGUGUGAUCUUUGCGGACGACGGCGACGACGAGGUCAAGCCGGCCGAUGCCGGCGUUCCGUCCACUCCGCCCCUGCCAGAGGCCCACUAUCUUGUGCCUCUCGUCCUUGCCAUCAUCCCCGACAUUUGUCCCGACUGGGUUCGGGCAAACAUCGAAGCUGCCAUGGCGGAGAUCAAGGACAACAGCAACGUUCCCGGACAAGACGCCGUCGACCGUGUUCUUAACGCGGCCUUUGAGAUGGACGAUUAUCCCAAGGCAGGCGUCCAGGAUACACCUGCCGAACCCAAGGAGGCAGGCGACUACACGGACCCCAACUACCGCAGUGGUGACCGUCGGGGUGUUGGUUACACGUCAAACUCGUGGGCCAUGCUCAAGGCCAUCUUCCCCGUCAUCCCUGUUGCCCACAUUCGUGAGGUGUUUUACGGCGACGGCGGCGAGCGCCUGGUGCCCACGUACCACAUUCUUCACCGCCACCACACGUCCGCGGACAAGCCUUACCGCGAGCUGAGGAAGGGCCGCUCGGCCAAGGGCAAGUCGCCUGCCGAGGCAGAGGACGACAUGCUAGAGGAGGCCGCGGCCUACGCCCACGACAAUGCCGGUGCCAUGGAAGCCAGGCGCGAGAGGUUAUUCCUGAAGACCAUCAUGGAGAAGGCUGCCGAGAAGGAGCAGGCGGAGAUGACCGCUGUCCAGGCCAAGGCUCAAGAGGAAACGGACCGUGCCAGGCGCCGCGAGAACGCCAUUGCAGAUGGCAGUGCCAUGGAGUGUGGAUGCUGCUUCGAUAACGAGGCUCCUGCCGACAUGGCUGCGUGCCCCGAGGGCCACCUCUUCUGUCAUGACUGCUUGGCGACCCAUGCCGAGACCAAACUCGGCGACCAACAGACAAUCAUUGCCUGUAUGAGCAUGGAUGGCUGCCUCGAGGUCUUCACGGACACGACUCUGGGCAGCGUCCUGUCUGACAAGACCAUGUCUCUGUACCACCGUUUGCGCCAGCUCAAGGACCUCGAGAUGGCCGAGAUCGAUGGCCUAGAGAGCUGCCCGUUCUGCCCGUUCGCCAUCGUCAUCGAGAACCCCGACGAAAAGCUGUUCCACUGUCUCAACGAUGCCUGUAAAAAGGUUACUUGCCGCAACUGCAAGCGACCUUCCCAUAUCCCCAAGCGCUGUGAUGAGAUGGACGCCGACGACAAGCUUGACAGGCGCCAUGCCAUCGAAGAGGCCAUGUCCAAUGCGCUCAUGCGCAAGUGCCCCAACUGUUCCAAGCCUUACAUCAAGGAGACUGGUUGCAACAAGAUGACUUGCCAGUAUUGCCGCACAAUCAGCUGCUACAUCUGCCAGAAAGCCAUCCCCGAAGGAUACGCCCACUUUGAUCAAUUGCCCGGUGCCCGCGCUCCACGCCAAGCUGAUAAGUGCCGUCUCUGGGAUCACAACGAGCAGGACAUGGAUGCUGAGCGGAUCCGCCAAGCGCGUGACGACGCCGCUCGUCGCGUCAUGGACGACGCUGCCAACGACGGUGUCCAGCUCAACGAAGAGGACAUUCGUGUCGACGCUCCUGGCCCCGUGGCUCGUCAAGCUCCGGCGGCUCACAUGGCGCACGCGGGUAUGCCUGGAGUUUUACAACGCCUUGCUGAAGCUGGCGAACGGCUAGUGCAAGGCGGCUACGGCCUAUUGCCCGACCUCCAGCCUUGGAUUCAGCAGCAGGCCCAGGUCUUGGCUGACGGGGGAGCGCUUGCGUUCCCGCCACCCCUUUUCCCACCACCACUUGUGGCUGUUCAGCCAGCACCUUUCGUUGCGCCUUUCCUUGCAGCUCCACCGGCACUCUUCGCUCCGCCAGCACCUGCGUUUCCCGGAGCAGCUGUUCCGGAGGUUCGUCAAGGGGUGGGUCGUGUUCGCGCCCGAGCUCCUGUGCCCGCCGAUCUCGGCCCCGCCCAAGUCGCCCGCAUCCAAGCCGCCCAACGAAUCGCCGGCAUCCGCGCCGCUCACAACCAAGCGGCCCAUGACCGAGCUGCCCAGGCCGCCCACAACCAAGCGGCCCGUGAACAAGCUGCGCAAGCUGCCCGUGAGCAAGCCGUCCGCCACCAAGCUGCCCGUGAACAAGCUGCCCAGGCCGUCCGUGACCAAGCCGCCCGCGCCCAAGCUGUCCAGGCCGCCCGUGAGCAAGCUGCCCAGGCCGCCCAUGAGCAAGCUGUCCAGGCUGCCCGUGAGCAAGCUGCGCGCAACCAAGCUGCCCGUGAACAAGCUGUCCAAGCUGCCCGCGAACACAACCAAGCUGCCCAGGCUGCCCGUGACCAAGCAGCCCGCGACCAAGCUGUCCGUGACCAAGCAGCCCGCGCCGCCCAGGACCAAGCCGUCCGUGCCGCCCGCGACCAAGCCGUCCGCGACGUCGUCUCAGCUGCCGGGCCAUCGGCCGCCAACGCGGACCAAGUCGCCCGCCGUGUCGCCCCCAACCAAGUCAACAUGGUCAAUCACGAGGAACACAUCCGCCGCCGCCGUGAAGCCCGGCGAGAGCUGAAGCAGCAAAAGAAUGACGAGCGUGCACAGAGGGUUGCGACACGAGACGCAACUGCGCAGGCAAGGAUCCAGGCCAAUGUGGACCAGCGCUUGCGUGAUCGCCGCGCAGCCGCAGCCCGCCUGGCAAUGCCUGGCCGUCAACUGCGUUCGCACGGGGUGCGCGGAGAUAACCCUGCGGAGGCUCAACCUGCCGCUCAGGCUCCCCCACCGCCGCCUCCCGACGUUCCCCCACCACCUCCUCCUGUCGUUGGUCAUGCCGAGGCACCCCUUGUUCCUCUGGUGCGCUUCGGUCCUCGCGUUAAUGUCGACAUCCUACCGCAGAAUUUGCCUCCUAGGCCACAGCCUUUGCCUCCUAGGGCGCAACCUUUACCUCCUAGGCCGCACCAUUUGCCUCCCAGACCCCAACUGCCAAUUCCCUCGUGGCUCAACCGUGGUCACCAUGGUUAA